GUUGAGGCAACCUCUGCCAUGGAAAACCCGAAAAGGAAAAGCAUUUGUGUCUACAGGCUUCAAGAUUCUUCAAUUCCUCAGUCGCAUACGUAUCUUCUCGAUCUCCAUUUUCUUUUUAAUUUUCUUCUCGGCCUCUGUGUGGAGUUGGAGAAUCCGCAGUUUCUACAGUUCCGGAGGUUUCGAAUUUGGGUUUUGGUAUUUGAGCUUAUGAUUUGCUGUUCUAAAGUUGAUUCCACUAUAAUUUUGUUCUUUUCCACUUCUACUUUCGCUUACUUUUUCUUUAUUGACGCUUGUCGAUAUCUAUGGCUAUUGUGUUUUUCCUUUCUCUUCUUUUGGUGUUUCCUUGCACGAGAAGAAAUCCGCCAUUCCCAAAGCUUUCUAGUUUCGUGCCCUAUGUCCUACCAUUUUUCUGCAUCUAAGUUGCUUGUGAAAAUAACUGAACUCAUUUUCCAAUUUCAUCGCUUCAAUUGGUUUGUGGUUUCUUUCAUGGUUCUUUCUGGGAGUAAUUGACAGUGAGUUCAGUGUUGAAAUUUGUGGGAUUGUUGAAAUUUCAUCGCUAUGGGAUUGUUGAAAUUUGUGGCCGGUUGGGGAUUUUUUCUUGUUCUGUCGCUUUCAUCUGCGGCGGUGAGUUCAGUGAUCGGAAUCGGAGUGAACUGGGGAACUCAGGCCACUCAUCCGUUGCCGCCGGCGACGGUGGUGAAGUUGCUGAAGGAUAAUGGAAUUCAGAAGGUUAAGCUUUUUGAUGCCGAUCCUGUAGUUCUAAAGGCUCUAGGCAAAUCGGGGAUUGAAGUGAUGGUGGGAAUUCCAAACGAUAUGCUCUACAGCUUGGCUAAUAGCAUCCAAUCAGCAGAAAAUUGGGUUGCUAAAAACUUGUCUUCUUAUAUUUCAUCUGGCAGUGUGGAUAUAAGGUACGUUGCAGUUGGGAAUGAACCGUUUUUGAAAACAUUUAAUGGAAGCUUUCUAGGAACUACUUUUCCUGCUCUUCAAAAUGUCCAAGCCGCCAUUGUCAAGGCUGGUUUAAGCAAUCGGGUUAAAGUAACAGUGCCUAUGAAUGCUGAUGUUUAUCAGAGUCUCACAGGUCUCCCUUCAGGUGGUGACUUUCGCUCUGAUAUCCAUGAUCUUAUGCUCUCCAUUGUCAAGUUCUUGAGUGACAGUGCAUCCCCCUUUACUGUCAAUAUCUACCCUUUCAUUAGUCUUUAUGAAGAUCCCAAUUUCCCUAUUGACUUUGCCUUCUUUGAUGGCUUCUCGUCUGCUUUGAGCGAUAAUGGUCGAGUCUACGAAAAUGUUUUUACUGCCAACUACGAUACCCUUGUUUCGUCUUUACAGAAAAAUGGCUUCCCUAACAUGUCCAUAAUCGUUGGAGAGAUUGGAUGGCCAACAGAUGGAGACUGGAAUGCGAAUUUACAGUUUGCCAAGAGAUUCAGCCAAGGCUUCAUUUCCCACUUUAUUUCGGGGCAGGGAACGCCGAUGAGGCCUGGUCCUAUUGACGUGUACUUGUUUAGUCUUAUUGAUGAAGAUGCCAAGAGCAUUCUACCAGGCAAUUUUGAGCGGCAUUGGGGUCUGUUUUACUACGACGGUCGGCCUAAAUACAUGCUUCAAAUGGCAAACGGCACGAAUGGUUUAGUACCUGCAUCAAAUGUCAAGUAUCUGGCAAAACAAUGGUGUGUCCUUGCACCAUCAGCCAGCAUUGACGAUCCACAAAUUGCCCCAAGUGUUAGCUACGCUUGUGAAAAUGGCGAUUGCACGAGCCUCGGCCUCGGGACUUCAUGUGGGGCUCUGGAUGCUCGGCAAAACAUCUCGUAUGCAUUCAACUCCUACUACCAGAUAAAGAAUCAGUUGGCAAGUGCCUGUAAGUUUCCACAUCUUUCAGUUAUCACAACUCAAGAUCCAUCAGUUGGAAGCUGUAAGUUCAUUGUGAUGACUCAGCCUUCUGAAGUUGCUGUGAAUGAAAAAUCAGAGGCUCCGAGUCAUUCUGCUGGAUCAUUGUUGCUGUUUCUUUGUUCGUUCAUUCUGGCAAUUCUGUGAUAAACAAAACAAAACUACAGAGAUUCCUCCAUCUCUAAACACGUUUAUGCAGGUUGGAGUGAACUCUGACCACUCAAAAUUUGUAAGUUUAUAUUUUAAGUUGUAAUUUUACAUUGAAAAAGAAUAGUCCACCUUUUAAAAAUAUAUUAGUUAUUUAAAUAGUCAAUCGACAUUUUUUGUUAAAAAAAAAGUUAAAAUGUGCUUAGAUCUAAGUAACAUGGCCUUCCACCUUAGAGGUUGAUGAUUCGAUCUCCAUCCCACAACUAGUGUACUAAAAAAAGUUUGUUCAAACAAAAUUUUAAGAUCCCUUUAUAUUUAA